UGAUAUUUUUCUUUAUUUCCAGAGGUGGGAAAACAGAGGCGUAGAGUUUGUUAGGCCUACUAGCUUCAAACCUUUACUUCUGCCUCGUCCCUUGGCAUUUUGAUUCACUGCCCUGAGUGAACCAACCAACAGUCCUAUUCCCUGGGUGGUAACAGGCAGUCAGUAUCCAGGGCUAAGAGAGCACAUCAAACCUUGCUGCAAGGAUGAAGAGUCAUGGAAGACUUUACUGGGGAGGAGAACUUUAAAUUGAGAUUCAAGAAAAAGGGUGGAUUUAGGGGCAUUCUAAGUAGAAGGCAUUGCCAGUGCUGAGGCACAGAGUGAAUGGGAGCAAAACUUUGUGGAAACUUUAGACUACAGGAGGGAGUGGCCAGGGUCUGGGAAAGGGAUAAAAGCUGAGGUUGGAAGGUCAUUUGGAAGUUAAAUCAUAGAGAGCCUAGAGUUCCAUGUUGAAAAAUUGAAUCCUUGAACUCUCAGGAAAGGGAGUGAACUCUGUGGUCCGUGAAAUCACAGAAUGUUAGAUCUCUAGUCCAUUCCUUGCAUCCCUAUUAGAAUAAUGAAAUAUUAGAAAUGGAGAGAUCUUGGAGAUCUGCUAGAAUUAUGGAAUGUUAGAAUGGAAAGGACCUUAGACAUCAAAUCCAAAAAUUAGAUUCAGUUAUUCUGAACUGUAUGGGUGAGUAAGCCCCCAGAAUCUGAAAAAAAAAAAAAAGUUACAGUAUCUCUUCUGGAAUUUUCGUACAUCUGCAUAUAAUUUCAGGUGGUUUCCAGAUAUCCUUGAACCCACCCACAGGGCCCAGGUUAAGUUUAAAAUAUAUUUAUAUGUGUUCCAUUCUCCUGAAUUUUCCAGGUUAAGAAGUCAGUGCACCACAAGGAAAUGGAUUGGUCCAAACUAAAAAAACUAGGGCUGUACCGGCUCACCAAGGAUAUCAUUGUGAUGAUCCGAGUGUGUAAAAUGUUCCGCCAAGGCCUUGGGGGAUUUCGGGAAUAUCAGAUCAUUGAGACUCCUCACAGAAAGCACCCUAUCUUUUCCUUCUGGGAUAAAAGGAAGCAAGGCCGAAUCACAUUUGAUACCAUGGACUUUGUUGCAGAGGAGGGUCACCUUCCUCCAAGGGCCAUUCAGAUCAUGCAGAAGCUGCCUUCCUGGAGGACAGAGCCUGAGAUCCAGGCCCUCUAUAACCUCCUGCAGGUUCUGAACAGCUACCGCAACUACUCAGAGCCCCUGCAGCUGCUCCUGGCCAGAGUCAUGCGCUUUGAACGGUUUGGUCGCAGACGUGUGAUGGUCAAGAAGGGGCAGAGGGGCAACAGCUUUUAUUUCAUCUACAUGGGCACAGUCGCAGUGACUGAGGAUGAGGAUGGCAGCAGUGCCUUCCUGGACCCCCACCCAACGUUGUUGCACAAGGGCGACUGUUUUGGGGAAUUGGGCCUUAUGAGUCCUUCAGUAAGGAGGGCCACCGUGGUCUGUAUGGAAGAAACAGAGUUCCUGGUUGUCGACAGAGAAGAUUUCUUUGCUAAUAAGCUGGAUCAGGAAUUCCAAAAGGAUGCUCAGCAUCGGUUUGAAUUUUUUAGGAAGAUGGAUCUGUUUGAGUCGUGGUCUGAUGAAAAGCUCUGGAAGCUCGUAACCCUGGGGAAGGUGGAGAAGUUCUCGUAUGGCCAGCUGGUCUUAAAAGACUUCAUAGAAUCACCCUCCAUCAUGUUUGUCUGCAAGGGCAGCUGUGAAGUCCUGCGUCUGAUAGACCUUGGGACCUCGCCUUUCUACUACAAGUGGAUCUGGCAGCAUCUGGAGCUGAUAGACGACACAUCUCUGAAGACCCACCUCAAUGAACCUUCUCCUGUGGAGAGAUUUAAGGAAUUCCAGAUAAAAUCAUAUCCUGUACAGGACUUUAGUACUCUGAAACUUAAGCACCUCCAGAAAGCCUGGGAGCAACAGGGGUCCAGCUUCAGUAGGAGGAUUAAAACCUCAAGAAAUACUCUUCCAAAGACCUUGGGCCCGAAGAUCAAAUCUAGGCAUCCACAUUCCCUCAAAUGUCCCAUGAUCAAUACUGAGUAUGGUGAACUCCCUGAGGAGGCUGCAGUGGGCGCCUACAUCAAGAUCCACACUGUAGAGGAAGGAGAAACUGUGGGCCUUCACCAGAUCCUCCUGCCGGAGAACCAGCGUGACAUGCGGCCCCUGGUCCUUGUGAGCCUGGGAGCCGAGGUGAUACGGAUAAGGAGAGAAAAAUUUUGGGAACUGAGUGACAGCGAGGUAAAAGAGAAGUUGUACAGAUUCCAGAUCAAGUACCCCAGUGAUGAAGAUAUGUGCCAGAAGUUCCUCCAGGAGAACAGCUGGAAUAUCUUUCGGAAGGACCUGAUGCGGCUGCUGCUGAAGCCUCGCCAGCGUCCACCAUUCAUUCCAAUCCGGCCCAAGAAGAAAGGGAUCUACAACCCCAAGAGUUUGGUGCUGGAUUUGUGUAGCCUCGACAAGGAGACUAAACCUUGUUAUCCCAUUUUUAUGGCACCCCAGAAAUACCUCCCCCCAUUGAGGAUUGUCCAAGCCAUCACAGCCCCCCGGUACAAAAUCCAAGAACUCCUGCCUCAGUAUAAGAAUGCAGGAGUCCUUGUUUAGACCCAAUAAAAGAUGGGUUGGUCACCAUGUUUCCUGAGUGACCACCACGGGGCUUGUGGGGCUUAGAGUGGGGGGCUCCUGGGGGCUGUGGGUCCAGAGAGAUGUGUGGGGGCAGCAGCUCAGGCACUGUCUCCCUUGACACUUUUGGGACUUAGUGGAUGGUCAGGAGGCUGGGUGUGGAUGGGGUAAGCACUGGGGAUGGUCUCAGGGUGGGAGGGUCUUACUGGGUGAGAUGGACGGGAGGCACAGAGGGGCUCAGAUCAAAGUGAGCAAGACCAGACCAUUUGCAAACUCAAAUGCCUUGCAGAGGCCACACAGGUCAUCUAAAGGAGCGCAGCAGAAGGACUGAGCAGGCAACAGGCAGUGGUGGGGACUGGUGUGCACAUUCCCCAACCAGAUGGAACAGCUGCUCCCUCUCCUCAAUUGAUGCCAUGCCAGGAAAUAAUGCAGGCCCCUGACUGACAGUCCUUAGAUUUUUUAAGAGAACCAAGAAACCCAAUAUUUUAGAUGAUUCCUACUGGUUUUUAAAUGUGAGCAACUAAUUCAAAUUGUUUUUGAAAUACCAUGUUAGGCAAACAAAACACGUACGUGGGCUGUGUUGGACCUACAAGCUGCUGGUUUGCCAGUGCUCAUCAAGCCCCUCUGACAGGGCGUUGCCAGAGACUGGAGGAGGCGUGACUGGGGGUGGGGUGGGGUGGGAGGUAUAAGGAGCGAGAGACACAGAUGGGCAGCAUGACAAGAGCAGGCAUUCUGGGUGUUGAGGAUGGGGAGCCAGCAGCCUGAGAGAGAAGAGGCAGCCAGAGAUAAGAAGGUGGUAGGUCGGACUUACAGAGGGCUCCUUGGCCCCUCUGAGGGGUCCCAAACCUGUGGCUACCUGUUAGUGACCUGGGCCGGCUCUCUUUUUUGGUAACACUGGGUCAAAUCACCUCUCUCCCUUGGGAAGCUCCAUAGUUUAGCUGUGAGAGCACUGGGGGCCUGGUAGAGGUCACGGCAGCACAUGAGCCUGACCUGGGGCCACAGGGAGAGACAGGAACCCUCUUCCACCCAUCCCUCCCCACCCCACACACUCACCUACUCCACGUGGCAAGGAGCAGGUUAGGAAGAACACCUGAGAACAGAGCCUGGCUCUGUUUCUAUGUCACUGGACCCCUUUGAGCACCUUGAGUCCUUCACCUGCACCUGUUUCCCCAGUGGCAAAGUGAGCGAGUUGGACAAGAUCAAUGAUUUUCACAAGAGGUGAGUAUAGUUUGAAAAGCAUAUUCAACAUUAUAAUUUUGUUUGUUGUAUUUAAAAGAAAACUUCUCAUGUUGCAUAGCAAAGAAGGGGUAUGGCAUUUUUCUUUCAGAAGAGGGUGUGGAUGUAAAAGAAUAGAGAAGUAGUGGACUCAUCAUCUCUGGCUUCUCUGAUAGCUUCAGAUGGUCAAGGAGACUGUGAUGCCUGCAAGCAUUUCUGAAAAGGCUGUCUGUGACCUACAAGGAUGAGGUGGCACUGUUUGGGGACCAGGUAAAUUGGGGUGUCUGACUAUAUUUAGGGCUGUCUUUGCAUUUAGGGCUGUGGCUCCAAGAUGUAGGUAUGGACAUCUUAUUCAUUCAUUUGAAGUUUAUUUACUUUUGUUUAUACUUGCUUUGUUAUACUAUACUUUGUAUACUAUACAAAUAUAUAGUAUACUAUACUAUACUUUGUUUAUAUAGCAGAUCCAAAAGAGAUUAAGAGGCAGUCUCUGUCCUCUCUUAUUCUCUAGGCUAGGAGUCAGCAAGCUCUAUAAAGGGCUAAAUAAUAACUAUUUUAGAUUUUUAGGCCAUACAGUUUCUUUAGUGUUCCAAUAAAACUUUAUUUAUAAAAAUAAAUGGCCUGCGGGCCAUAGUUUGCUGAUCCCUAUGGCCCUUGAAGGUUCUUGAGCAGACAUGACAUGACAUGACCAGAGAAGGAGUGAGAAACUUAUUAUUGAGUGCUUAUUCUGUGACAGCCAUCUUGCUAAGCAUCUGACUACAGAGUCUGAUGACCUUGGGUUAAGAUCCCAGCUCUGCCAUUUAAUGGCUGUUGAGGAUUAAAAGAAGUGGUGCAUGAACUAGACAAAUGGUUAAAAAAAAAGAAGAAGAAAAAGAAAAAAGAGGUGGUACAUGUGUAGCAAGAUGUAGGAUUUUAUUCACCCAGACCCCAGGGCCCUGCUUCCUGGGAAGUGAGAGAAAAAACUUGCAGAAUAGGAGGUAGAACAUGUUUUCCAGGGGAGUGGCGGGUGAGAAAAUGGACUAGAAGGGCAACCCUGGAGUGAGGGUGCUGGAGGGAGAACAUGGGGGCUGGGCUUCAUGCAAUCUUGAGGGGAGCAGAGCAAAAGCAGAGCUUUUUGUGAAGCCAUCAUUUAGCAGACAGAAGAGUUUGAGAAUGAGAAAUGUCUAAAGAGGUUUUCAAAGACCUUUUCUGUGCAUUGAGAAUAUGUUUCUCCUUUGGUAUUUUCUUUAAGAAGCCAAGUAAACAUUUGCGUAGCUCUUAAUUAUGGUUUUAUGUGGUACUGCUGUUUCUUUGAAUUCAGUAACCAAGCAGAGAAUGGGUCUCCAGUUAUUUUUGGGUUACACUUGUGAAGUCCCUGGUACACAGUAAGUGAUCAAUACGUGUUAGAUGUUAUUAGCACCUUUUUGACCGAGAUCAAUUUGGCCAUCCAGAGACUCUCUUUCCCUUAGAGUGAAAUAUGAAACCGAAUCUUUGGAAGUCUAAGUCUUCAUAAUCAGUGCAAAAGGCCAUCCUGAGUGAUGUGCGUUGGGGGGGGGGGGGGCGGGGGGGGCAUCCUGGUUGACAUCCUGCCCAAACUCUACACUCUUCUGAAAUGGUUAAUGUCAACAUGUAAGGGCAGGUUGGAGGGAGAGAGCAGAGCAGGUCAACAAAAGCACUAACAUGUGCUGUGGGUGAGGGUGCUGUUUGGAAGAAUGAGUGGGGGCAGUAUGGGGAGGCUUGUGGCUGCUUCUAAGUGUGUGAAAGCCUCCCAGCUUCUAGGCCGUGAGCUUCAGAAUGAGCAGUGGUUCUUAAGGCUGCCUCACAUACACUCUGCAACAUGGAACAGGGAUCAGAAUUAGGCAGGGGAGGACAAAUUAUGAUUUUGGAGAGAAGCUCGUGCAAAAGGAGCAAACAUGACACCCCUUGGUAUAGCGUUAGCAACAAACUGCUUUCAGUGCCACAGAGGUCCUUACUGCCCACCUGGGCCCAGAUCCAAGGUUCAGGAAACCCGCAGUGACCUGCCACCAGGUAGAAGGGCCUGGGCCCAGGUAUUGAGCACCCGCUGUGUGCCAGGCACUGCAUGAGGCACACUAGAGAGGCUAUGGCUUGUCCUGAAAGCAUUUCCUGGCAUUAUCCUCAUUUGACAGAUGAGGAGCCUGAGGCCUAGAGUGGCAAAAGCCUUGUCAAACCUCACUCAGCUACCAGGUGAUUGUUCCAGGAAAUGCAUGUACUCUCUCUGCACCCAGUGCCCUUCCAGGCAGAGUUGCAGCGUGUGCUGCCACACCAUCGUUACUCAUCUAUACCAAAUGAGCCACCUGUUUUCACCAUUCAGUACACACAACCCUGCAACUGUGUCUGAGAGAAUAUAAUCACCCUCUGGAAUGAUUUUCCAUAUGUAAAUAAGCAUAGUCAUACUUGGAGAGGCACACCCAGGCCACUUGAGCCAAAAAUAUAGCCCUAGCAUGAACAGCUUCCACUGUUUGGGGGAAAAUGAAAAAAACCCAUUUGAAAAAUAAACACAAGGAGAUAUUGCCAGAGUUUGUUAUAGGAAGUGUUUAAGACCACAUCUUGGGAUUGGAAGCAAAAACAUUCUUUAAAUUCUUCAUUCCUUUUAUACAACUCCUGGAAAAAUUGUACCUUCCAGUUGUGGAAAGUCUCAGGGGUGAGACAGGUCACUUGACAACUCCCAUGAUACCACCAGAGGCCGUUUUGCCACGAGACCUUUUUAUUUGGGGAUUUAAGGGGCUUAACCACAGGGGUGCUGAGUUGCAGAAUUUGUAACCACUGGUUCAGAGCUGACAAUGAGGGUGAUAGUUUCUAGGUGGUUGGGAAGCAGCAUCAAAGCUAGAACAAGGGUUUUUCAUGGCUGCUGGAGACUGUGGGCUUUAGCCCUGUGGACAUAGCUGUGGAAAAGUGGUGCAUCUGGACGUGUGGUGUGUAGCCUUCAGCCAGGCUCCUCCUCUUUCUGGAGCUUCACUGCUAUCAUUUGUAAAAUUGUUGGGGUCUGGUGUGUGUUCUUCACACACUAUUGUCUUGCCCUACCUAUCCUUCAACUUCUAAAACCCCCCCACCCCCAAGAGAAAAUUCAGAAUCAAGAAGAAAAUGGAUUAUUAAGACACUUUGGAAGAUUAUAUAGACCAGUUACUUUAUAGAAUGUCUUCUGAUUUGGGUUGGCUUUAUAUUUUCUCAUGAUUAGAUCUAGGUUAUACAUCUUUGGCAGGAACCACAGAAGUGGCUCUGUCUCCUUUUCAUCGGAUGCUAUCAAGUGGUGUGAGAUUUCAGUGUGUCCCAUUACUGGUGAUAACUUUGAUUAUUGGAUUGAAAUGAUGUCUCUACUGUAAAAUCACUUUUGAUACAUAUUCCCUUUGUAUUUCAAAAAUCAUAUAUACUGUAUAUGUAUGUAUGUUGUGGUAAAAAAAAAAAAGUAAAAUUUACCAUCUUGUUUUUAGGUGAGUAGUUCAGUAGUGUUAAGCAUAUUUACAUUGUUGUGAAACAGAUCUUCAGAUCCAUAUCAUCUUGCAAAUUUGAACUGAAUACCCAUUAAACUAUUCCUCUUGCCACUUCCCACCA